AUGAAUGUUGAUUUGGUAACGGCCAAUGAUACAGAAUUAGCAUUGUUUCAACGUCUUUCAAGAAGGGAAAAUGUAUUUAUUUCUACUGACGAGCUGGACGCAAUGAACACUCGAUUUGGUGUGUAUCUAGCCAGCAACAUGGGCAACGAUAGCAAAACAAUUGGUUCCAAACUAUUAUGCCAAUGCUACGAUUCAGUGAAAAAUCUGUCGCGAACAACUGGCUCAUCAUCAUUCAACAUUGAACGUGGUUCAGUGAAUAUUUUUGGAGCAUCGACGGGUAAUAUGCUUGCGCCCAUUUUUCGUCAAUACCAUAGCAAUACAAUGUCAGACGGCACAGUUAGUCGUUACAUUUACAUCGGAGCAUCUGCUCAUAAGACCAUGAAUAAUACACCGACCGGAGUUCUCUCGGUCCAACCGAAUAUUGUACACAUACUUAUUGUUAUUCGACUGUUAGCGGAGUAUAAACCAAUUUUUGUUUUCACGCAACACGAAGAAGAAAAUAAAAUACCAACUACAGGUUUUCUUGUUCCUCAAGAUAUUGCGGAGGCGAGACAAAAUAUAAUCGAUCCGAUUCCAACAACUGAAAAAAUGUUACUACUGAAACCAUCAGUCACUAUUCCAGCAGCUGAUAAGGAUGAUGAAGAUGUUGGAUCUCUUCUGUCUUCUCGUGAUGCCAUGCGUCGCAUCAUCGAUUCUGAGCAUAAAAAAUCGUUACAAACUGAUGUUAAUGGAAAUUCUUUGUACACUCCCUUGCAAAGAGCAUUUCAAAGAAAAAGUAGUAACAAAUUAGCUAGAAUUGCUGGAAUUUGUCAAGCCCUGUCAUAUGCUUUUAAAUUAUGUACUGAAUGUGUGAACCAGGUUCGAUUUGGUGAUGGUCUAUUUCUGAAAGAAUCAAUUGAUUAUGAACAGCUUGAUUGGCUGAAUCGAUUCUAUGUCAAAGUAAAAGAAUUGAUUGCUGGUGAUAUUCGUCGUGCUCCAAAAUACGGUAUUGAUCAACGUCCAUUAUUCAACAUCGAGAAAGCUGCAGUUCAGGCGUCUGAACAUUUAUUUCAAUAUGCUUCUACAACUAUUUCUAUUCUUUUCGAAGAUUCUCCGAUUAGUGCCAACAGAGAACAUCAAAGCAAUGAGCAUAAUUUUUGCAAAACUGGUGGUUUGUUUCACGUGUAA